ACCGCCGUUAUACCUCAACGAAGAAGAAAAGAUGGCGGAGCAUACGUUACACCACAAUAAUUAUUUUACAAGAGACGUUGAGAAAAACGACGGAUCUGUCUUGAAAAUCAAACAGUGCUUUAAAGGAGACGUCGGUUGUGUGGUGUGGGAUGCAGCAAUUGUCCUGUCAAAAUAUUUAGAAACUAAACCGUUGUAUGACCCUUGCUCGGGUGUGAACAUGUGGGCUAGCAAAAACAUUCUGGAGUUAGGAGCAGGAACAGGAGUUGUGGGCCUUAUGGCAGCAUCUUUGGGGGCUCAGGUUACUGUGACAGACCUCGAGGACCUGCAGUCUCUACUCCAAGUCAAUAUCCAAGACAACCAGGAACUUGUCAGCAGUGGAUCCAUCGAAGCCAAGGUACUAAAAUGGGGUGAAAAUGUGUCAGAGUUUCUACCACACCCACAUUUUAUCCUGAUGGCGGACUGCAUCUAUUAUGAACAGUCCGUGAAGCCACUGGUGGAAACCCUGAAGCACCUGGUUGGACCAGAGACCACCAUCAUAUGCUGCUAUGAGCAACGCACAGUGGGUGUCAACCCCAAAGUGGAGAAACAAUUUUUUGAGUUGCUUCUACAAGACUUCCAGUCUGAGGAGAUCCCUUUGAACAAGCAGGACCCAGAGUAUAACAGUCCUGACAUCCGCAUCCUUCACAUUCGCAGAGCUGUCUGAGUGAAUGGGUGUCUUGUGUAUAUGUGGUUGUCAGGGUUGUGGUAUACAAAUAAUUGAAUUGCACUCAUGUACAGUUCACAUGGUAAUUUAAAUUGAAUGGACCCCAGGGGAGAGCACUAAUGUUGAAAGAACUCAUUUGAAAAUCCUUUAUCGAUAUAUCCAUGUUGUCUUAGUACGGACUAUGAGUUUUACCAGACUGUGAUACUCAUUGCACCAUGAUUCUAAAACAAAUCCCAGUUAGAGGUAGAUUCCACGAUAUGACUUGGGUGCACAAAGUAAACAGCAUAGGGGAUCAAUUUCCGCAGCAGCUAAGAGUGUUGAAGCGUGAGGCUAAACUUCUCAGCUGUUUUGGUCCCGUACCACGAGACGCAAACUCAUACACAUGCAGAUACUGUGUGUGACUGUGGAAGCGAAGUCUUGCAUCUCACUCAUCGCAAUAUAUGUGGUGCUGAACGUGGCAACGUCAUUUCGCUGGGUCUACCUUUGAAAAGGAAAAGAAAACAUUCUCCUUCAGAACAUUGUUUUUCUCAUUGCAGUAUUUAACUGUUGGAACACAUUUGUGGGAUGAUUUAAAUUAAUUUUUAAUAGAAGUUAAUGAAAUAUAUAAUUUUAGCUAAUUAAAGUGUCAUACACAGACUAUACUGAGUUGUCAAGUUGGCUGGAUGUCCUUUGAGUGGUGGACCACUUAAUACACAGGAAAUUGUUGAGCAUAAAAAAAACCAGGAGCAUUGCAGUUCUUGACACAAACCGGUUCGCCUGGCACGUACUACCAUAUCCCGUUCAAAGGCACUUACAUAUUUCGUCUUGCCCAUUC